UUUCAUUUUGUGAUCAUUUUCGUCUUCAUCUUUGAGCUGCUCUCUCUCUUCCUCCCUCUCUUUCCCACCCAACAAAAUGCAUUCCCUCCUCCCCCUCAUCUCCCUCUGCGGCCUAACAACAUCCCUCUCCCUCCCCCGCUCCCCAGCAUCCCGCACCAUGAUCCCCUCCACCAGCUUCGACACGCAAUCCGACUUCGACGCCUCCUGGGCUGACCUGUACCCGUGGGGCAGCGACCACAACGGCGGUGCGCGGAUGGAAUCCUCGAAAAUCGCCAUCUCCUCGGGCGUCCUCACAUUGACCGCCUCUCCCGCCAGCGGCGAGAAGCCCGCUUCCUCGGGCGGGAAAUCGAUUCCCAUCCAUUAUCUAUCGGGGACCGUACAUGCGAAACAGCAUUUCAACGUCUCGAGAACGGGAGGGUACGAUUUCUCCGCCGAGUUCAAAGCUACGACGACGAAAGGGACGUGGCCUGCAUUCUGGCUGACGGCGGUCGAUGGGUGGCCGCCGGAAGUCGAUAUGGCGGAGUGGAAAGGCAGCGGGAAGGUGAGCUUUAACACGUUUAAUACGAGCAAAGAGGUUGAGGCGAAGGAUGUGACGUACGAGGAUGCGGGGUCGUGGCAUAGUUUUAAGACGGAGGUGAGGGAUGAGAAUGGGCGGGAUUUGGCGAUUACGAUUUAUAUGGAUGGGAAGGAGGUCACGAGGCAGGUGGGGAAGGAUUUCUUGGGGAAGCCGAUGUAUUUGAUUAUUGAUUUGCAGAUGGAGGGGUCGUCUGGAUCGCCUGGUCCGAAGGAUGGUCCGGAAUCUGGAAGUUCUGAGCUACAAUCCUUGAGAAAAAAAAUAGAAACAUGA